GACAUGAAGGCAUGAAUGCAGAGAGCUUGCUGGUCUCGGCGUCCAUCAACAUCGGCUUCGCUCUCUUAAUUCUCUCCCUCUUCUCCAUCCUCCAAAAGCAGCCUUCCAAUGCUCCCAUCUACUUCGCCCGCCGCCUCUCCCAGCACCGCCCCGUCUCCCUCCACCCCCGCCUCCUCCCCUCCCCCGCCUGGAUCCGCCUCGCCCUCUCCGUCACCGAGGACGAGAUCCUCGACACCUGCGGCCUCGACGUCUUGAUCUUCAUCCGCCUCUUCAAAUUCGGGAUCAAUUUCUUCUUGGUUGGCUCUUUGGUCGGCUUAUUUGUACUAGUCCCGAUUAACUAUCUAACCGGGGAUGGAGAGCAAGCCGGCCAUUCUCAUUCUUUGGAUGCCUUCACAAUAACCAACAUUACCAAAGGCUCGGACUGGCUUUGGGUGCAUUGCGCGUGCUUAUACUUCGUAUCCUUUUAUGGAUUAUACCUACUACACAAGGAAUAUGAAGAUAUUCUCGACAAGAGGAUCCAACAACUACAUCUUAUGAGGCAUGAGCCAAAUCAGCUCACUGUUUUGGUUCGAGAAAUUCCAUUUUGUGAAGAACACAAUGCCCACGAUUGCGCUGUUGAUCACUUUUUCUCAAAGUAUCAUCCACAUUCAUAUCAGUCUUAUCAAAUCCUUUAUGAUGGACGCGAACUCGACAAAUUAUUGAACCAAUCAAAAUCGGUUAGAAAAAAAAUUGAGAAGGUGCGGAAUCGUUUAGAGAAUAAAAAACAAAGCAUGAAUUUGCCCGAAUCAGAAGCAUUGAGAAAUGAUGCAGAGAUGGAACGGCUAAAGGAACAGCUUCGGGACAUCGGUCACAAAAUACAGUUUACACAGAGUAAAGAUCAGCUUCAAGCUAAGGAACUUCCGGUUGCUUUUGUCACAUUCAAGUCACGUUGGGGUGCUGCAUUAGCUGCUCAAUCUCAGCAGACGUCUAACCCUGUUAUAUGGGUAACUGAAAUGGCUCCAGAACCGAGAGACGUACUUUGGAAAAACUUGGCAAUUCCUUUCAGAUACAUGCCUCUUUACAAGUGUGGUGUAUAUGUAUCAGUAACAGUACUUACAAUCUUCUUUGCUGUACCUGUUACUGCCGUUCAAGGAAUUGCAAAAUUUGAACGUCUAAAGAAAUGGUUUCCUCCUGCCAUGGCUGUUCAGUUGAUACCUGGAUUCAGCUCUUUCGUGACAGGCUAUCUUCCAGGUGCCAUUCUCAACGGUUUUGUCUAUAUCGUUCCAUUUGCCAUCAUAGAAAUGGCAAAUAUUUCAGGCUAUGUAUCAAGGAGUCGGAAGGAUAUAAAAGCGUGCAAUAUGGUUUUCUAUUUUCUCGUUGGAAAUGUUUUCUUCUUAAGUCUGUUAUCGGGAUCAUUAAUAGAUCAGAUUGGUGAAUAUUUCAGCAAUCCUAGGGAUUUUCCUGGUCGUCUUGCAAGUGCUGCCACUGCUCAAGCAGAUUUUUUCAUGACGUACAUCUUGACCAAUGGGCUGUCAGGAUUUUCUCUGGAGAUUCUACAGCCCGGGUUGCUUAUAUGGGAAGUAAUGAGGUCUCACAUAUGGGAUCGUGGGAGGAAGACCCGACCAUAUCUUACUUCCCUACCUUAUUACCGUACAAUUCCUUUUGUUUCACUCUGCAUGUUGAUCGGCAUGGUGUAUGCAGUUGUGUCACCAUUGCUCCUUCCAUUUCUGGUUGGCUAUUUUUGUCUGGGCUACAUCGUGUUCAUAAACCAGAUUAAAGAUGUGUAUAUAACUACUUAUGAAACAUGUGGCCAGUAUUGGCCCUACAUUCAUCACUACAUCCUGGUUGCAAUCGUGAUCAUGCAGAUAACGAUGAUCGGUCUAUUUGGACUCAAAUCGAAGCCCGCAGCUUCUUUUUGCACAGUACCUCUCUUGGUCCUCACUCUGCUCUUCAACGAAUACUGCAAGGCUUGCUUCCUACCCACGUUCUACCAGUUCUCAGUCAAGGAUGCAAGGGACAGGGACGAUUUUGAUGAAAAAACGGACUUGAUGGAACCCAACAUACAAAACGCCAUCGAGGCAUACAGCCCUCCCUGUUUGCGGCCACUGGAUCUUGAAGAUGGGGAAUCAAGUUCGAUGCAGCCACUAAUAAAUGCCACCACGUAAAACUUUCUACUUCACACUUCACUAGUUUUCUACACAUUGUUUUUCUGCUGCAUGAGUUUGGCAGAUGACAUACAGAACGAUGA